UAUUAAUUAGAAACCAGAAAACUCGAAGGAACUGUGAUAAAAGAUUCUUUAACUUUCCUUGUAGUGGAUGUCAUCUUUAAUCUAAAUCUUCUUUCUAUAAAAGCUUACAUUUACACAGUACGCGCAUACCGCGUUUUGUUGAGUUGCCUCUCCACCUGAAUGUGUCGGUUUGGAAUCCCUGUUUCUUAAGGAAACCUCUCUUUCUCUUCACUUUCCUUGAAACCCACUCUAUAAAACAACCUUCUCUGUUCUCUGUCUAGCUUUUCAUUCCAAGAAUAACCCAAAACCAUUAAGUAUGAGUUAUUAUAAUCAGCAGCAACCACCAGUUGGUGUUCCUCCACCACAAGGUUAUCCUCCAAAAGAUGCAUAUCCACCUCCUGGCUACCCAGUUCAAGGUUAUCCACAGGGUUAUCCUCCUCAGGGUUACCCUCCUCAAGGCUAUGCCCAGCAGCCUCCUAGGAAAGAGACUGGUUUUCUUGAAGGAUGCUUAGCGGCUUUAUGCUGUUGUUGCCUUCUGGAUGCUUGCUUCUAAGGAGACUUGACUGACUGAUUGAUUUAGUUCAAAGAUUCAGCGAGCGGUUGAUCAGUUCUUUUAGCUCAUGACACACAGUUCCCUUAUUAUCUGUGCUAAUACUUGUUAAAUUCUGUUAGAAAAUCUAAGUCUCAAUUUUCUGCAUGGAAAAGCUUGUCAACUCCUGAAAUAAAAUUGCCAGCAGUCCCGCACUGCACUAGCUUACCACUUUAGAUAUUUGAUUAUAGGUACAACAUUUUCAAUUUGAUUCAGAUUAAUGUAAAAUCUUUUGUUAUUACUUAAAAAAUAUAGUCAUGAAAUUUACGCUA